AUGACUUCUGUCUUUCGAGGUCAUGAUCACGUGCUGCUGCAGCAGGUGUUGCAGGAUCUGGACCGCUGCAGCAGCCUCCUCCUUCAGCACUGCGCAGCGGUUGAGCACCAACUGCCUGCUGCUGUUGCCACUGCACUGGCGUCUCCAGCAGCAGCAGCUCAGCAGCAGCAACAACAGCAGCAAGACGAGGGUGCCUCAGACAGCCAGAAGACGUGCAGACGCUUCUCGCUGCUGGCCUCAUGGCUCGAAGCUCUCUGCGGCUUGGGUGAAGCGGAGACAGCGGCGCACAAGAUAUUCGCGCGAUGUCUGACUUCGGGAAGCAACGGCAUAGACUGUGGCAGCUGUAGGGGUUGCAGAAUGCAGCUGGUGGCAGCCCAGGUGCUAGCAACCUCUCUUGAAACACGCUAUGCUGUUUGCACGGAGUGGGAUGUCGAACGCACUCUGAGCUGCCUCGAAGAGACAGCCACAGCGGAUCUCCCUUCUAGCAGGGAUACGCAUGCCGCUGGGCUGCUUGCGGCUACGACGGUAGCUCUCCGUCUGAGGUUUACUGCCAGAGCUCUCGCCUUCAAAGCGUUUGGCGUGCCUCUCGACAGCGACAGAAGGACGAAUCGCAAAGCACCCUGUGGGGGCUUGCAUGCAGAGGCUCUCACGGCGUUGGCGGCUCUUACAUCUUCACCAGCCGGAGCGGCUGUGGUGGCAGAAACCUUGAUCUUCUCGCGCUUGGAAGGGCACCUGAUUUUUUGGAUAGCCUCCAUUGUCGCGCGAAGUUCUCCAGCAGUAGCAGAUGCGGCAGCAGGAUGCAGCAUUGGAGCCUCUUUAGAGGUAUUAGGAGCCCUCCUGCGCCUCGUGUGCACCCUUGCGGACAGCUCGACAGCAGGCGGCCUUUUCUUGUGGAUGUUUGGAAGUCAUCUUUUGUGCUGUCUCUCCCCGCUAGUGUUUUCGCCCCCCCCCGCUGCUCCCUCACCAGCUUCAGGAGACUCAUUCGCUGCUCCUACCGCCUCAUCAGCGGCUGCCGAAGCCGCCACACCUGCAGACGCCGCAGCGACUAUUGCUUCAGAGCUUCUACUUUCAGCUGCUCCCACAUGGACAACUGUAGGACAGGAAAUCACCUUCGCCUCCCUGCUUCAAGGUGACCCCCUUCUGGCUCGGCGUGUACAGCUGCUUUACGGAGCGCUGCAGCAGGUUUUUUGUGGGGAGAGCAAGAGCAUGGCCAAACAGCAGCAACCGCAACUGCCCUCUGCUGCUGAGGUGGCUGUACAGCUCGCGGAGGCCAUUAACUUCGUGCCUGCAAAGCCUUUGAUGCCUCCUCCGACUCUCUCGUGUCUCCUCGCGUCUCUCCGAGUGACUUGCCCCCCUUGCGGCCUGAAAGGAGGCUUGAGAGUAGCGGAGCAUCCAGACGGAGCAGCUCCUGCAGAAGGGGGUGCGGCUUCGGCAGCAGCAGCAGAUGGCGAUGGAGCCACAGACAGCAGCAGCAGCAAUGCGGCGAUCUUGGCGGGAGCAGCAGACUCUUUAGGGAUCCAGCUUACCGAAAUCGACUGGGGAGAAGACACGCCAAAGCCGGCAAAUAGCAGCAACAGCAGCAACAGCAACAACAGCAGCAGCAGUGGUACUGGUGGUACUGGUGGUGCCCCCCCUGUAGGGUGCCUCGCGUCCUCUCUGCCGGGUUCGUCAUGGAGGCUUCCUCCAUUGACAGAAGAAAUUGCAACGGCAAAGAUUGCUGGACGUCUGCUGCUGCUGCUCGUACGCCGCUGCCCGCAUCUGCUCCUUGCGGGAGAUGAUCCUACGGAGGAAGAGCCACUGGGGGAGACAGACUGCGCCGAACACACCACGGCUUUUGCAGGAAGAGCAGCAGCAGCAGCAGCUCUACCAGUGGAGGACGAAGGCAUUCAGCAUCCAGACGAGACACCCGAGGAUGGCGGGCUGCUACUUCCUUGGGAAAGGGAGCUGCUGCAACAAGACAAGGAGCCAGCAGCUGAAGCCUCAGGAUCUGCGUGCUCGCAUGGCGGCAACUCUAACGCCUGCAGCAGCGUUCCACUCAUCCCAGGGGUUGGCUUUGCUGUGGCUGUCUCGACAGAAGGACUUACGGCAGUGCUAUCCGCCGUUGCUCGCUGUGUAGCCUGCAUAGCGCCUCCGGUGGCGUGGCUUGCAGAGACAGAGGCGGCCUCUCAGACGUCGUUGGAAGUCGCAAAGAUGCUGUCUCUGUGGACCGCGGCAAGAGACUCCUGUCUGCCCACCCUGGAGUCUCUGCUUCAGCUGCUCUUUGCUGCCCUGCACACACUCAUGCCUCCCCUGGUGGAAGAGCUGAACGCUGCUGAAGCUGCUCUUACGGACUUACAGGGCCUCUUCUGGAUAGGCUUCCGGCGAUCUCAGCUUCAGCAAAUGCUCCUACUCACAGCAGCCAGUCUGCUUUCUGCCGGGCAGUGGCUCGGCAAGUGCAGCAGCGGCAGCGGCAGCUUGGUGCAGCAGACACAGCAGAAACAGCCGACGACAGCAAGUCAGUGUCUUGAUGCUGUGCAGUGGCUGCAGACUCUUGAGGGCUUUCGUCCGGAGGAAGAAGAGGACUCUCUGCCCGAGGAGCCGAUGCCGUUGUUUCUCUUGUGCCGACUGCGCCUUGGGGGAGGAGGAGCCGCAUCGGUGGCAGCAGCAGCAGCAACAACUACAACUACGACUGCAGAAGGGCAAAAAGGUCUCCUCGGCAUCGCAACAGGGCAGCUCACGAUGGGGCCUUCAGAGUCGGUUGUCGCAGAUGCAGCCGCUCCAGAAGAGGGAGGCGGGGGGGAAGAAGGAGGCGCAGGAGACGUUCUGCGCGUGUGGCGGCAGAUAAGGGAUGUGUUGACAUCUCAGUUGCUUCAGCAACUUGCUGCAGCAGAGCCCCCUGCAGCCGACGUCUUGGGAGCCGCCACAGCGUCCAUCCCUUCAGGAGCUCCCUCAGCAGCUCCAGGCAACAAUACUGAGAAUUUCGUGCCUCUUCUCGCCUUGCGAAAGCACCAAACGUCUGUCGAGGCGGUUCGCAUGGAGGAGCUUUCGGAGCUGCUCUCUGUGGUAUCGCGUGCUUCUCUCUCGGCCUCACUGGUGCACCAAGGGGCUGCAGCAGAAGCAGCCAACGCGCUCUCCAUGCAAGGUUUUCCAGUGUACUCUCUUAUCUACGAUUGCAUGGAUGGCCUCCUUACCGCAGCCUUUGAGGCAUUGGACAAGUUCACUGAGCCAGCAGGAUUCCCCGCAGCAGCAGCAGCAGCAGCAGCAACGGCAGCUAUAUCUCACGAUGCAGCUGCCGAUCCGAUGGCACUGCAGGCUCCAACUACAGCUGCAGAAUCCCCUUGUGCGCUCGACGGGGUCACAUCUUCAGCAACUGGAGCCUUAGCGGCAGAAGCAGAUCCUGCCAACGACCGCGCAACAGACGCCUUGACGCCUUGCCCAAACACCCAGGCUUACAGCAGAGUGCCACGUUCCUUGUUCGCCCUGCAGGGUGGCCGUUUGCUGCGUCUGCUGCUGUUCGUUGAGCGUCUCCUAAAACUGCACCUUGCAACUGCUGCUCCAGUGUACCGACAGCUCGAACGCGUCCUCGCAUUGCCGUGCCGCCGACUGCUGGAGGUGUCACUUGAGCUGCUGCAGCAUGAGCGCCUCGCUGCAGUGGCGUGUGGGGGGGGGACCUCGGGAGGAAACGCGACAGCAGGCACAGAUGCAGGAGGCGCAGCAGCGGCUGCGGGAGAUGCCAUGCUGCAGCAGGAAAUCGCGAAAGGCUUGCUGCACGUGGCAUUGCGGUUGACCACGGAAAUUGCAGUAGGCUAUCAGACCCUAGCAGACGCCGCAGUGCAACAGCGGGAGGCACAUAGCAGCAGUAAUAGCAGCAGCAGUACCAGCAGCGGGAGUGGCAACAGCGCGGCAACAAGUGGAGGCUUGGACACCAGCAGCAGCAGAAAGAAGACAGGCCUGGGGUUCCCCCACUACGCUUCAGUCUUGCGGCGCGCGUACAGCGCUGUAUCCAUCCUGGCGAACAGACGGGAUACCCCCUUGGAUUUGGCACUGGCAUGUGUUGCGGCUGCUAGCAGCUGCUGCAGCAGGCCCUUCCUGUGCAUGCUGCUGUCUUACGAGCUCCCGCUACACUCCGUCUCGGCUCUGUUUGCCACUCUGCAAGGAGACGAGGCGCAGCGCGCAGCUGCUCUCGUGGCUGGGCCAGCUGCUGUCUGUUGCUUUGGUCCUCUUGCUGCCCGCUGCGCUGCAGAGCUCACCUCAGCAGCACAGAGAGAAUCCGCAGCGGAGGGCCUAGGAUGGCUUGCGUUGGCUAGACAACUGCUGAGGCUGUGUGGCCACGUUGCAGCAACUGACCCUUAUCCGCUGCAUGCUCUCUUCAACUUGAUGCUGUUGCAGAGUGUGCCAAUUCCAUGGAAGCUGAAGCCUCGGUGUCCGCCUCCACAGGAGAACAAGUCGGAGAGCUCUAUGGGCCCCAUACAGGAGGUGUCUGCUGCGGAUGACGCCGCUGAGCUCUACUCGGAUUUGCAGGGCCCCGUAGUAGGGGGCAGCAGCGCGCACACCUCUGAAGCAACAGAAGCAGGAGGAGGGCUAGCCGGUGCAGACGAAGUGGAGGAGGAUCCGAGGAGAACGCUGCUGCGACCGCUGCAGCGAUCUCUGCUGGCCUUCCUUUCGCAGUGUGAAUUGCUUCUCUCGGCCCAACAGCGGAGAGGUCCAGUGCAUGCAGCGCGACUCCUGAGGCAAACGCGGCUUGCCCUCCUGACUCUGGACAGUGCGAAAGCUCUGGAAAAGGCUGUGCUCGAGCUGCCUGUGGAGGCGGCCCCUCUCCUCUUGGCAACAGCGGCUUUCUCUCCGGAAGAUCGUUUGGCUUCGCUCGCUGCAGCGGACAGGCAGCGCCGGCUGCUCGCUGCAGCGCAGCACUUUGAUGUGGCUUUCCUGAUAUCCCUCCGACGCACAAAUUAUUGUGUGCCCUCCCUUGUCUCCCGCUGUCCACCGUAUGAAGGCGAUUGCCUUCCCUGGAUCGGCGACGAUGCGCUGGAAACAGUGCUGCGAGUUGCCGCGCAGACGCUGCAUCUGGAGACAUCCCACGGCGGCGCUGCCUGCGCUGCCCCCCUCGAGGCAGUCGUCGGAAUUGGAGAGGAAGCCCCUGAAGAGACAGUUCUUCCCGCGUGGCUCUCGGAUCCUUUCACUCGUCUUAAGGCGACCCCCUGGGAAGUCCCCGUUCCCGUAGAGGCCCAUGUGUCUUCGCGCGUGGGGGGCCCCUCCUUUGGGGCCCCCGGCGGGGGGCGUCUCCCCUUCGUUUCUGGCUCUCUUAUGGGCCCCCGCACGGCAGCAGACCCCUUCCGCAGCAGAGCUAAAGGCAGCAGCAGGGCCCCCAGCAAACACGUCGACGCCUUUGAGGCCUCAGUCCCAGGCGGACUCACCAGGCUUAACAGAGAGCAGCAACAACAGCAACAACAGGGGGAUGCGCAGAACGUCCAGACACCCGCUCCCCAGCCUUCACAGCAAGAGCAACAGCAGCAGCAACAGCACACUGCUGCCAGCGUUUUGCAGACACAGGAGUUUUCCUCCUCCCCGGCCGGGCCCCCUCCCCCGCCCCCCCCACCUCCUGAACCGCAAUCUGUGCAACAGCAGCCGCAGCAGCAGCACUUGAAGCCUCAGCAACAGCUGCUACAUCCUCAGCAGCACCUGCACCCGCAGCAGCUACUGCAGCAGCAACAAGCAGCCCGCAUGCUGCAUCAGCCUCCGGGGGCCUUUGUUCGUGUGGCCGUUCCAGGUGCCAUAGUGGGGCCCCAGGGCCUCUUGCUGCACCCUGUGCCAGUGCUGCCACAUUCCUUCCUGUUGCAGCAGCAGCAACAAGCUCUGCACAUGCCACCGCAUGCAGCUCAUCCGGUCCUGGUGCCUGUCCAGCAACGACCGCUACAGCAGCAGCCGAUACAGCCGGUGCAGCAGCAACAACCGGCGCCACACCAGACACUACAGCUGCAGCCGGUGCAGCAGCAGCAGCAACUGGUGCAGCAGCAGCAACCGAUCCAACAGCAGCAACCGAUUCAGCAGCAGCAACCAGGUAACGAGCUAUCCGCGUGCCCUGGGUGGGCAGAGUUUGUGGAGGACGGUCGGAGGGAAGGCCUUGACGUCAACAAACUGAUGACGACACCUGAGCAGCUCAAGGACCCACGGAUCAGGCAAAGGUUCAUGCGGCUCCUUGAUCGCCACGAUAAAGCAAAGGAACUUUUCCGCAUGGCAGGUGCCAAACUCUGA